AUGACUAUAGCAGCAUACAUUGUUAAAACGGUCACUGGACUAAAGCCGAUACAAGUCGCUCAGCUGAAAGAUUGGCCCCAUUUACAAGGCUUACCUCUUGCUGACCCUGAAUUUUUGGAGUUUAGUCACAUUGAUAUGCUCUUGGGCUCUGUAGUUUUCGGCGAAAUCGUACAGUGCGGUUUAGUGAAGGGAACAAGCGAUGAACCAAUUGCACAACUUACGUCAUUGGGUUGGAUCGUCUCUGGAGCCGCAAACAAAAUUGAAGAAAAGGAAAUCAGUUGUAAUGUAAUCCUCGAAGAAGAGAGCAUUUCACAACAAUUAGCAGCAUUUUGGCAAAUCGAAGAAAUAAAUCAAGAAUGCUUUGGUGAAUCAUAUUCGAUCGCGAAAAGACGUUAUCAUUCGACUCAACGUCGACUCACAAGAAAUCCCGAGCUUCAGAUGAAAUAUGAUGAAGGGCUGCAAGAAUAUAUCAUUCUUGGACAUAUGGAGCUUGCAACCGAGCAUGACAAACCAUUUGUCUGCCUACCACAUCAUCCAGUCAUAAAAGAAGCGAGUACAACCACAAAGCAGCCACCUGAUACAACCGAAAUACAACGGUAUAAGCUGAAUACGCUCACGUUCGGAGUUGCAAGCUCACCAUUUCAAGCCAUUGGAGCCUUGCACCAAAUAGGCGAAGACGUAAAAAAAGAUGAUUCCGAGUUAGCGAGAAACAUCCAAGAGAAGUUUUACGUCGAUGAUUAUUUGGGUUGUGAAAUGGCCAUUGACAAGGCCAUUGAAAUGCAACGAAAAAUUACUAACACACUCGCCAAAUACGGAUUCCAUUUACGUAAGUGGAAAUCUAGCCAUGGUGAAAUAUUACAAGAAGUGACACACGAUCACAAAGAACAAAUCAUGGAUAUUGAGUCAACAAUCAAAACGUUGGGCAUAUCUUGGAAUCCAAACAGUGACGAGUUCGUUUUCAAACCAGCUCAACGACAGUUGGCAGCGAUAAACUGGACAAAAAGAAAUGUUUUAUCGGAAAUAGCCAAAUUAUUUGAUCCAAUCGGUUGGAUGGCAUCAGUGGUUAUCAAAGCCAAACUCGUAAUGCAAGACAUUUGGCGAGAAGGAGAAUCCAUCGGUUGGGAUUCACCGCUCACACCAAAAAUAUUAGAACAAUGGGAACCCAUUGCCAAACAAUUGUCGACACCAAUUCCCAUUACCAUUCCACGUUGGAUUGGCUUAUCUAACGAAAUGGAUGCCGUUGAGAUACACGGCUUUGCAGACGCAUCAAAAAUCGCAUAUGCUGCCGCAAUUUAUAUGCGUAUAAUUCAUAAGGACGGAAGCAUCAAAUGCAAUUUAAUCGCAUCCAAAACAAAGGUUACUCCAAUACGCCCUUUGUUGACCAUACCAAGAUUGGAAUUAUGUGGCGCUUGGCUAUUGGCUCAACUAUACGAAAAAACUGUUACAGCCUUAUCCAUCGAACAGUACACAACACACGCAUGGACUGACUCCAUGAUCACUCUUUCAUGGUUAGCGGCACACCCGUCGAAAUGGUCAGUAAUCGUAGCGAACCGCGUAAGCCAAAUUCACGACAUCCUACCGUUCGACAAAUGGUUGCAUGUGCCCACCGAUCAAAAUCCUGCUGAUAUAGCAUCGCGCGGCAUGCUUAUAAACGAGUUGAAAGAAUCAAGCAUGUGGUGGCAGGGGCCAUACUUUCUACAUCAACCCAUGCAUGAUUGGGACACAACCGUCGAAAUAAUCCAGGAAGAAAAACUUCCUGAACGAAACAAUACCACAGUUUUCACGGUCCAGGUGCAAGAAAAUGACACCUUAAACCGAUUCUCUGAUUAUCAGUCACUCCUCCGUAUCACUGCCUUAAUCAAUCGCUGGAAGGACAAGAGCAAAAAACGAAUCGACUCUUUGUCAAAUCCGUUGAUAGCGACCGAAAUCAACAAAGCAGAAACUCAAUGGAUUAAGAUUAUCCAAACAGAGUACUUCAAAAAUGAAAUCGCUGCACUGAAAAGAAAAGACAGCGUAUCACCAAACAGCUCAUUAGCUAAACUCAAUCCAUUUCUCGACCGAGAAGGUCUGUUACGCAUGAAUGGCCGAGUAAACAAUGAUGAUAUCGCGGCACAAAAAACAGCACUCAUUUUACCGGCUCACAGUCAUUUCACUGAACUAUUAAUUCGCUACACGCAUGCCAACGUACUACACGGUGGCGUUCAGCUUACACUGCGCGCACUACGCGAACGCUUUUGGAUCAUACACGCUCGUACAGCGGUAAAAAGCAUUAUUCACAAAUGUGUGACAUGCAUCCGGUUUAACAAAAGUUUGCUCAAACAAAAGAUGGCUGAACUUCCAAUCACACGCACGCAACAGUUUAGACCGUUUGCAUUCACUGGCUAUUUCAAUGUCAAAACAUCCGAACUACGAAACGCUCCAUUCACCAAGGGCUACGUCGCUCUAUUCAUUUGUUUUGCAACAAAGGCUAUACACCUAGAGCUCGUCACGAGUUUGACAACAGCGGAUUUUAUUCUUGCCUUCGACAACUUCAUAUCUCGACGCGGCAUUCCGACCGAAUUUCAUUCAGAUAACGCUACGACUUUCAUCGGCGCAAGCAAAGAAAUAAAAGAGAUGCAUGACCAAUGGUUCAAUCAGAAUAAGAAAUUAAACAAAAUUCUUGCUGAAAAACGCAUCGUAUUCAAAACCAUUCCAGCUCGUGCUUGUCAUAUGGGUGGUAUAUGGGAGCGAUCAAUCGGUUUGGUUAAGAAUCAUUUGUAUCGAGUUUUAAAAAACGUCAAAUUAACAGCACGGCAUUUCGAUAACGUAUUGAAACAGAUCGAAGCCUGCGUUAAUUCUCGACCAUUAUGGGCAGUAUCAUCAGAAACAGAUGAUUGUAAAGUAUUGACUCCAAGCCACUUCUACAACUUCCAGCCCAUACACACGCUUCCAAAACCAGAUGCAUUACACAUUCCGAUCAAUCAACUCGACCAGUGCCAAUACUUAUACCGAUUAUAUAGUGAUUUUUGGUCUGCUUGGUCGAAAGAAUACUUGCACCAAUUGCAACCACGCGAUAAGUGGACUACAGCAAAGGCAAACACGACGAUUGGACAAAUUUUCAUCAUCUCCGAUGAUAACAUGCCUCCAAGUCGUUGGAAGUUAG